CUUCUACCAGAACGGCUGCGCCCUGCGGCUCCUCAGCCCCCAGACCUUCUCCCCUACUGUCUGGCACUUCCUCGCCAUCCUGCAGGAGCACUUUGGCAGCAUGGCGGGGGCCAACACAUACCUCACGCCACCGGGGACGCAGGGCUUUGCCCCCCACUACGAUGACAUCGAGGCCUUCGUGCUGCAGCUGGAGGGGAAGAAGCACUGGCGCGUCUACAGCCCCCGGACGGACGCCGAGGUGCUGCCCCAGUUCUCCAGCGCGAACCUCACGCAGGCUGAGCUUGGCGAGCCUGUGCUGGAGACGGUGCUGGAGGCUGGGGACCUGCUGUACUUCCCCCGCGGCUUUAUCCACCAGGGCGACUGUCUCCCUGACUCGCACUCACUCCACAUCACAGUAUCUUCCUACCAGAGGAACUCCUGGGGGGACCUCCUGGAGAAGCUCCUCCCUGCUGCCCUGCAGAUGGCCCUGGAGGAGGACGUGGAGUACCGGCAAGGACUUCCCAUGGACUACCUGGGGUACAUGGGGGUUGCCAACUCGGACUCAGUUGAUGCUCGCCGAACAGCCUUUAUGGAGAAGGUGCAGAGCCUGAUAAAGAAACUCGUUCACUAUGCACCCAUUGAUGCUGCCGUGGAUCAGAGAGCCAAGUCAUUUCUUCAUGAUUGUCUUCCCCCGGUGCUUACACAAAGUGAAAAGGCGCAGAGCGUGUAUGGCUUCCCAGCCCGGUGGCAAGAUGGAGGCCCCCGGGAUGUUGAUAUACUGAUAACAAAGGACACAGAAGUACGUCUCCUCCGCCAUGGCAUCGUAAGAUUGUGUAAUGAAGAAGCAGGUGUGAUGCUGUAUUAUACGACAGAAAACUCAAGAGUGUAUCACAAGGAAGAACCCAAGUUCCUUGAGAUAGAUCCCGAGUAUACAGACAGUAUCGAAUUUCUCCUGUCUUCCUAUCCAAACCAUGUCAGUGUGGCUGCCCUUCCCUGUGAAACCUUGGAGGACAAGAUUUCUCUAGCCACACUCCUGUUUGAGAAGGGCAUUUUGACUACGAAGAAGCCUCUGGUGCAAGCAUAACUCUUAAUUUUUUUAACAAAAUAAACAUACAUUUGUUUAGAA